GUUCUUUAAUAAUAGCAAGCAUAGAGAGUGGUCUUAAAAUGAGUCUUUCGUUUGCAACUCUCCUGUUGGUCUUUCUGGUGACGGUUUUCGUCGCCGGUCCUGCUUUGGCUCAGACGGCAGGAGUCGCUGACUUCCCAGACUUUGAGGAUAACUCUGAUACUGAAGGGUUGGCUUCCACUGCAUCCAAAGGAAUAACUGAUGCUACCAUAAUCACAGCCACCCCAAUUCCAAUCGGUUCAUCUUCAUCUAUUUCCACCACUAGAAGUUCUACAUCAAGUGAUUCCAGUACUACUAGUACUUCUACACCAACUCCUUCGACCGCAGGUUCUCCAGCUACCAUUCAGACUUCGACGACUACUCAAACUAUAAAAGACUCCACCACACCUUCUCCAGCAUCAACUGACUCUUCUACAUCUUCUCCAACCUCCACGGAUUCCACCAUAGACUCUUCAAGUACCUCCCGGAUUUCCACAACUACUUCAGUAUCAACUGAUUCUACCACGGCAUCUUCAGCAACAGCAUCCAGCACAGAAGAUUCUACAACAAAAUCUACAACUUCUGUUCCCACCACAGCAUCUCACCAAUCUUCUACGCCUACUACAAGCACAUCAACUGAGUCCAGCACAGUUUCUUCAACAAUAGGUGAAUCCACCACUAAGGAAUCAACAACAACUUUAUCAUCUCAGCCUUCUACAACCACAUCUACUACGUCUUCUUCAGCUGCAGCGAGUGAUUCAACAACAGAUAAAUCUACAACUUCUGUUUCUAUCACAGAAUCUACAACCGUUACUGAUUCUUCAACAAUUGAAUCCACCACAAAGCUAGCUACUACAACUGUUUCCACCACCGCUGUGCCCAGCACAACUGUUCCCACCACAACUGUCCCCACCACAACCGCUACUCAACUAACAGAAGAGGAAAUCAUUUUGACCCUACUGGCUGAAAAUUCUGCAGCUCAAACUGUGUCCAAUACAUUGCUCAAUACCAUCAGCACAUUUAUUUGGAAUAUAGACGAAGAACUGGACAGCCAUUCCGAGGCCGUUGACCUAGUUGAAGACACCGAAAAGCUCCUUCAAAACAAAACACAAGAACUUUUAUCUUGGGAAGCCGAGUUUCUUCAAGGUGUAGUCACUUCUAUUCAAAAGAUUGACUCAUUUGCCAACCGAUCGAUCGAUACCGUGGCCCAAUUGCUUAGUUUGCAAAAGCAGAACCUGGAUCGAGUGAAGAAUCUUGGAGUUAAACUUAAUAUCACCGGGGCACAAAUCCUGCGUACCUCUAAAGGAUUGGACAACAAGCUCAGCUUUGUCAAGGAUUUACUUCUGCGCACUAUCGAGCCUAAAGUAAACAGCUUAAAGGAGUCCUUUGCCAAUCUAAACGUAUCCCAAAUCAAUGCUCAGGUUGAACUGAAGAGUGUUCCUGCGGUCAGAAAUUUAACCGAGACUUCAAUUAUUAAGUUGUCUUCCCUGAAUAACCAGGUAGCUGUACUUAACCGGACUCAAGGGAACAGUUUUGACUCCCUAAAAGCUGCAAUUAAGGACUGGGCUCCCACCAAUCUCAACGCGGUGAGCGAUCUAAUUCAUGCCAUAAGUAUUUCCCAAAAGCGCACUGAUUUGGCAUUCGCUAUUUGUGGCUCCUCUAAGUAUGAUCUUAAAGUCUAUACCGCUCAUUUCGAGAACUAUAACUCUCAGUACCUCAGCAGCGGCUCAGAAGACUCUAUCUAUAGAGGAAUAUCUGGAAAUCAGGAGAUUUCGAGUAAUGAAGAUGACACUCUACCAGAGUCAUCGUGGAGUAUUGUGGCUGCAGAGUAAGUAUGCUUCAGCUACCUAAAAUGGAAAACGCAUUAUAGGAACUGAUUGGGACCCAACUUCAUAAAUAAAUGUAAUGUAACUUUAAAUACUUACACCAACACUAUAAUGUAUCUGUGUACCAUGCUCUAGAAAUAGUAACCCAAAGAAUGGGAGCAAUGUAUCAAUUUCACCCAACCUACCGUUCAAAUAAAAAACAGUUUAAA